ACACAUUUUACAACAAGCAGUCCGGCCAGACAGGGCAAUGAGAUGGGCCCACGUUCCACUUACCCAUUUCUCCUCCAGCUCUCCCCAUCCCCUCCUCCCUCCCGUCCGGCCGUUGGCCUCUACUAGUAGUCUCUCGCGCGCUCGUUGCUAGGCAGUUGGCAAAGCAGUCCUUACCAACUGCCCUUCCCCACCCCGCUCCCGCGUAAUCCAACCGCUAAUAAUAACCGCUGCUCUGAUUAGCGCAAUCUCCACCGCUAUAAUUACGCUCCCGCCUGCGCGCGCGGGCCUAUCAGCCCUAGCUAGCUACCCAGCCGCCUCCGCUGCUCGCCUCCUCACUUGCGCGUGUCGUGUCGUGUCGUGUUGCGCUAAGUCAGCUGCUUGCUACUAGGGUUAGGGUUUGCGGCUGCGCGCUCGCGUGCGUGCAUGCGCGUGGGUUGGCCGCGGCAGGGAUGACGCCGCAGCGGUCGCCGAUGGGUACCGGAGGAGGAGGAAGUAGCGGCGGAGGCGGCGGGGGACCGCCGGCGCUACACUACCUGAGCGGCCCGUACGGAGACACCACCUUUACCAAGGUUUUCGUGGGCGGCCUUGCCUGGGAGACGCGAAGCGAGGGCCUUCGCGCGCACUUUGAGGUCUAUGGGGACAUCCUCGAGGCCGUUGUCAUCACCGACCGCGCCACGGGCCGCUCCAAGGGCUACGGAUUCGUAACCUUCCGGGACCCAGAGUCAGCGAGGAUGGCCUGCAUGGACCCAUACCCAGUGAUCGACGGCCGGCGUGCUAAUUGCAACCUUGCCAUCUUAGGGCGGCCUGGUCCAGCUGUGCCUUUUGUAGCACCUACAAGGCCGGUCAUCCCAUACAAUGGAGGUGUGGCGGUUCCAGGGGGCAUGUAUGUGCAAAGCCCAACAUAUCAGCAAUCCCCUUACAACUACUCACAGGCCUUUGUAUAUCCUUAUGGGCCAUCAGCAUAUGGACCAGAAUACCUAUAUCAGCAGAAUGCAUACGGUCCAUAUGUUGGACAACAGUACGUGCCGGUUUACGGUGGCCCAAGGACAGUAGGCCCAGCAGUCUACCCAUAUGGGCAGUUUGGCCAACCUGUACCAAGCGAUCAUGCUUAUUCUCCUGGUUAUGCCCCAAGUCAUGUUCUCCCACUGUCGAAUCAGAAUGUUAGUGCUGCAAAUGUUGUGCGCAUACCACCAGUUCAGCAACAACUUCCUCCAGGAGCUCCACGCCCUCAGCAACAGCUUUUGGUCCCUGCCCGUGCACCACCGUUCCCGCAGAACAACAUUUCUGAACAAGCGACAGGUUGACAAGGACGCCAGAAAGUGACGAAUUUUAGGCAUCCUAUAGUCUGCAGCAGGACUAAGAAAAGCCAUACCGCUAAAUUGGGCGGCAUGCUUUUUUUUCUUGCAAAUUGUUUUCUUUUGCACUCUAAAGGUUGUCGUUAUCCAUGGUUACCCGAACUUCUUAUAAUGUGAGUGUCUGAAGAUGAAGCCCCUCUUGCUCAGCUUCUGUCAGUGUGUGUGUACAUUCCCCAUCUCCUGCCAGAAAUUCUGAUAGCUGGUGGUCUGUGCAUGGACCAAAGUGGAUGGCCGGAAAUGGAGUCCGGCCUCCAACCUGUGUAUAAUAAUAUAGGUCAUGCAGUAGGUCCAAAUCGUAGAACAUUCUUUCAAAACAUCUGGUUGUGUAUAUUAAUUCUCUUCUUCGCACCUUCUCAGUACCUCCAGUGCAUGUUCCCAUGUCUCAUUAGAGCAUAGGUAUUUCAGUGUCACUGUGUCGUCGUCAGCGAGUCAUGUACAUUAUUAUCCUGAAACUGUAAACUAUAUAUCACCUAUGUCAACUGUAAUCAAAUAAUGACAGCCCUACCUUGGGAAAGAAUGUGAUUUGUUGCAAA